AUGAGGGAUGGAGCCCACGCGGAUGUCAGCGCGCACCUUCCGCUAUAUCUGCUGGGCCAGUCGGAAGCGCCUCUGCGAUCCAGACGCGUUCCUCCUGCGGACCGAAGAGCCUGCUGUCAGCGAUCAGACAUGUGGAACAUCAGAACCUCAGCCCUGCUCCCGCUGCUCGGUGUUGUGCUGAUUUGGCCAAAUGUGUUUACCGAGAGUGUUUCCCACAACCUGAUCACGUCAGACAGCUCGUCCGUGUCUCAAGCUGAGGGAGAAGAGCGCCCCCGUGUGACGAAGCGGUCCUUUGAGAGCUGCGACAGCACGUUUGACCACUACUGUCUGAACAACGGCAAGUGUAUGCUGCUGUUGGACAUGAACGAACACCACUGCAAGUGUGGGACUGAGUUCUCUGGGUCCAGGUGUGAACAUCUGAAUUUUGUUGUUCAACCUUUGGCUGAAGGACAGAUCAUCUUCAUCGUUUUCUGCGUGAUUCUGCUGACGCUCGGCCUGUCUGGAGCUCUGUACCUCUGCUGCAAGUGGUACAAACAGAGCAAAUUCUCACAGCAGCAGAAGCAGCCGAGUUACAAAGUCGUCCAGGCGGUUUGAAGUGACGGACACCCCCCCGUCUGCAGCGGCUGUUUCCAAGAUGAAACGUUUACGACACAAAGGUGUUUUCAGACCAGCUUCCCACUGGUUUUUCACAGCCUGGCUGCUACUCACCGCUCAUCACUAUCACGCAGGAAUAUCAUAAAGAGAUUAAAGGAGACAGCUUUGUGGGCGGAGCCAUUGUCUUUCAGCUUUAACCAGGUCUUAGGUUUCAUCACCCUUUUGCUCUCUGUAAAGAUGAAUGGUGAGAAAAACACAAAGCCGUUUCUCGUUGGAGACCAUGAAUUCAAAGAAAAUAACACAACAGGAUGAGGAAGAAAAGAGCAGGGAAACUUUAGAAGCGCUGUGACGUCGAUUCUCCUUUCAUCCAUUUUAUUUACCGACCUAAAUUCAAACCAAUAGUAAACAUGGAAAUGUUCACCUGCCUGAUAUUUUUAUUUAUAGUUCGCUUCGGUCUUUGUAUUUAUUGUAAUUAUUUUUUAGGGUUUUAAACACUAAAAAUGACCAAUAAAAUGAUUUAUUACAGAGUAGAUCAGUGACUGACUUUAAAGGUUUUACUGGCUUAUUUAGUCCGACUUGUAAAACUUAUUACUUUUAUUAUUAUCAUUAUUAUAAUAUUUACUAAAUUAUUUUCAGCUCGAAAAACAUAACUUUUCAACUUCUGUGUCUUUUUUCCUUUAACGUAACACUGAGGAGGUUCCUCUGCCCUACUGGUUGAAAGUGGAAUUACAACUGCCGUAAAUAGCCCCGCUACAUCCAGCUGUAGCUAGCACUAACAACGAGCUAACAGUAACACGAGCUAACUAAUACGAAAAUAAGCCACGAAGUAAAAAGAUCCACACUGUUGGACAAAAGCCAGGUCACCAUCGGUCUGUGGUUGUACUCAAGCUGGUGUCCAUGUUCACUUCUCUGCUUCUCCUCUAAAGACACUACUCUCCUACUUUUACUUCCAGGCUCUGCCGUGUUCCUCAGUGUUUCUCACGUCUUGCUUACGAGGACGCGGUCCUUCCUGGGUCAAAGAAAAUGAUUAAAUGGAACAGACUUGCAUCACGUGGCUUCCGUGGCUUCCGUGGCAGUCACGUAAAGUCACGUGACACGGGAGAUAAUGUUAUAUUUUAUACGCACAAGUUUCAAUAUAAAUAUAUAACAAGCCUUUUACUUUUUAAAUUGUGUAUAUAUUUGUUAAAUUAAACAUGUAAGCGAGUUACUACCUGCUAGCCACCGAAGCUGAACCCACUAAGCAACUAACCGACCAUUUUAUUACACGUCAGCAGCUAAGAGUGACUUGAAUGGGAUCGGGAACGUAGCUGCAUUUGUAGCACAAAUAUGUCAAAUUCUUAUUUUUUUUAUUUCAUCUUUUAUUUGUUUGAGGCAACGAGGGAGGUUAAGUUAAUGUAAAUUAAUAAAUAUCUAUUAAUAACUAUAUUAAUAUUAAUGUGAAAGUAAUCUAAGUUAUGUUUAUCUUUUUGUUACAAACAUUUAUAUAUAUAUAUUUUUGGAAUGUUUUUGUCAUUUCUUUUAUUUAAGUUCAGUGCCUUAUAUGGGAAUAAGAUGUGCUCUGCGUCUGUGAUUCCGUUUAUCAUUUAAUUUAUUAGUUUAGUUUAUUUCAAACAAAGAAAACAUACAUUUUUUUUAAAUACCACAAACAGAAAAAAUACAUAUCAUCCCUUCUUCUGUGUUUGAAAAGGAGUAGGCUGAAGUGGAAACUUAUAUAUCCCUACCCCUUUAUACAAGUAAUUUUUACUUGUUUACUAAAUCUAACACAAAACCUACAUUAAAACAAACAAAAUGGUACAAGUCACCAAAAACCACCAAAUUAUAUGGAAAAAACAACAAAAGAAAAAAAUAACAUCUUUUUACAAUUGAUACAAUUUACUUUUCCUUAGAAUAAAGGACACCCACAUAAAUCAUCUAUUUUCCACUAUAUACUUGUUCAGAAUAUGUUUUUUAUAAUUCAUUUUAAACACAUUUAUAUUUGUACUUACUUUGAUUUCUUCUUCUAAAUUGUUCCAUAAUCUAACCCCUAUUAUUGUGAUACACAUCUGUUUUAAUGUUGUUCUAAACUUAUGGAUCUUUAAGUUUAGUGUCCCUCUCAGGUUAUAUCCUCCUUCUCUCUCUGUGAACAGUUUCUGUAUUUUAUCAGGCAUUAAUUUAUUUCUUACUUUAUACAUUAUUUGUGCUGUUUUGUAUUUAACCAAGUCCUGGAACUUCAUUGUCCGCGUUUUAAUAAAAAGUUCAUUUGUGUGAUCCAAAUAUCCUGCAUUUGUUAUUAAUCUGAUAGCCCUUUUCUGCAUUGUUGUUAAUGUCUGUAAAUGACUUUUGUACGUGUUUCCCCAGACCUCUACACUAUAGCUCAAAUAUGGCAGUAGCAUCGUAUUGUAUAACAUAUAAAGUGCUUUCUGAUUAAAAAUAUACUUAGCUUUCCCCAAUAUAGCAAUGCCCCGUGCAAGCUUCCCCCUAACAUAUUUGAUGUGUGGCUUCCAACAGAUUAAUCUGAGUGGAAUGCUUUUAUUCUAAGGUUACUGGUGUGUUUUUUUAUUUCUAAUUGUACUUUUUGAUGAAUAACAAUGGAGAUUAAAUGCAUCAGGCAGAAAUGUGUGCCCUCGUCCUUCACAUUCCUGAAAUUCCUUCAGAAUCUUUCGAGAUUUUAUGCAAUGCUGUGAGAAAAACAUGCAAGUUCUUUGGCAUUUCUGUAACAUUAGAGUUUAGAGUACUUCAGUGAUUUACGCACACGUUUGUUUACAAACUAGACUUUUCCCUUGCUAAAAUAUUUAUUACCACUAUUCUGACAUCAAUUCACAAUUACCUGUUUUCUUUUUUUAAUCUGAUUGUUGCCCUUGUCUAAACCCAUUUUGUGCUUGGGUUUCGUUCCUGACAUGCAUGAGAAUUAAAAAUGUCUGAAGCUCUCCCUCAAACACAAAUAAAGAAUCACUUCUGUCCGAAA